CCCCUGUCUGCCCUGGCCCUGCCCCUGUCAUCGAUACGAGAUGCAAGAGUUCAGCAGUAGAUGCUGAAAGCUCUAACACCCUUUGAAAACAUCAAUAUAGAGGACAAUGAUGAGUUAAUGUUUUAAAUUCUAAAUCAGGAAUUUAAAAUGCCGGAACAUCUGAAAACAGCAAACUCUCUUCUCAGACUCUUCACCGAGCUGCUGUCAUUUCUCAAAGAUGUGGGUUGUCUCAGCACAUAUUCUCUCACCUAUGCCCACGGAGACAACAUCUCUCAAGGGAUGGGUUGGUACGAUGACAUUUCCAAACAGAAAUUCAGCAGCAUCAUGCAAGAUGUUAAAAAUCUCAUAAAGGAUUGGGAAGAAAACUGCCUGGAAGAAGAGCGAGAUGUAGAAAAUAUAGCGGGCAACCUAGACCAGUCUCCUUUGCACCAGGCAGAUGACUACCAAGAUGAUACCUCCCGUGAUGAUUUUGAGACUGAAAAUAACAUUUUGGAGACGACCACCCUGCUCAAACAGGCAGUUUUCCCUGAAAUUAUCGGCACGACAUGUGAGGAACCUGAACUGCAGGAAAAACCGAGCAGUUUUGAAUGUGAACUGUGCCAAAAGAGUUUCUCUACUAAAGCACACCUCCGCAGGCACAUUCGUGGCCAUUCUGGCAACCGUUUUUACCACUGUGAUAUAUGCAACAAAUGCUACGCAGCCAAGCAAGGUUUGACAGCACACCUUUUGAGAGAGCACAACUUGAGCACUGGAAGUUCAUAUUCAUGCGAUGUUUGCGGGAAAGCUUUCGCAAUCAGGGCUGCCAUGACAAAGCACCGACUGAGCCAUGAAAACAGCAAACAUUAUUUUUGCAGCACUUGCCACAAAGGAUUCACUCAGAAAGUCAAUCUGGAUGCUCACGUUGCCCUGCACACAGGAGCACUCCCCUUUGAAUGCCCGCACUGCCAGAAAAAAUUUGCUCUCAUGUCCAAAUUGAAAAAGCACAUUGUCAUUCACGAGGAGCCCAAGUUUGAGUGCAACUUGUGCGAAAAGAAAUUCGCGCGCAAUUUCAGUCUCCAACAGCACCUUAGGCUACACGAUAAUGACCGCCCAUUUGUCUGUCAAACUUGUGGAAAAUCGUUUAUCACCAAGUACAAACUAGUCAGUCAUGAACAGACGCACAUGAUUGGCCAGAAACACAUGUGCGAUAUUUGCGGGAGUCAAUUUCGGCAGCGAACGACCCUUAUCUUGCACAUCCGAAAGCACACGAACGAGGGCCUGCAUGUGUGCGGCAUCUGCCAGAAAUCCUAUGUGAAGCAGUAUGACCUCCAGAGGCACUUGCUCAGUCACACCUUCUCAAGAGAUUUCCUGUGUGAUGCGUGUGGCAAAGACUUUAAGAGCCCUGGUGACCUCCACGCCCAUAAAAAGAAGGAGCACUUAGGUGUUGAUUUUCCAAAGAAGAAAAAAAUUGGAAUAAAGCUCUACGCGUGCAAGUUCUGUCCGAAACAGUUCAAAACUACUAGCAGACUGGCUACGCACAAAAGACAGCACGUUGAGGCUCCGCGCUUCAUGUGCCAGACCUGUGGCAAGAAGUUCCACCGCUCAGACGUUUACAAGCAGCACCUCUUCCUGCACACUGGCAACAGACCUUACCACUGUGACAAGUGCACUAAAACCUUCGCUUCUAUCACCAAUUUUAAGGCUCAUAUGUUGGUACAUGAGCAGAACGCAGCCAUGUUCACCUGCGACAUUUGCCACAAGAUGUAUCGCCGUCAGAAUUCGCUGAACGCUCAUUUAAAGAAGCACUCAUCUGAUAAGAGUGCUAACUUCCAGUGCCACCUUUGUCAGCAGCAGUUUGAUUCAAAACUCAGCCUGGCAACUCACCUGAAAACUCACGUCCAGGACAGACCCUUCCCUUGUUUAAUGUGCAGCAAAAGGUACAAAACAAAAAAGCACCUGAGAGAGCACGCCCGCAAAAUCCACACAGAAGACACUGCAGCGGAGGCAGCGGCGCCAAUGCCUGAGAUCCAAGUGGACCUGGCCCUGGAGGCCAACUUUGAAGCCAGUGCCUUUGGUCUCAAUCAGCAGGGCCAGUUUGGCGCAGAGGAAAUGCAGACCUUCAGCCCAAUCCAAGAUCUGGAGACGCUACGCAUCCUGCAGCAGCUGACCGAGGGCGAAGCGGCGCCACCCAGUCCAAACCCACCGCCGUCCAACGACCAGAACUUCCUUUUGCAGUGCGUCGAAGAGACCAUUUUGGCCGACGCGCCCAACCUGCUGGCUGACCUCAAUUCUCUGGCCACACUACCGACUGAUGGAAACUUACUCUGAAUUUCUUUGCUCAAAUUGUUUACUUAAUACCUAUUUAGUUUUAAAUAAAAAAGAAACAACUCAUGCACAGU